AUGUCCGACCCUUUCUCCAUUACCGGCAGCGCGGUCGGGGUCAUUUCUCUCGGUCUGUCUGUUUGCGGCGAGAUCGCCCGCUAUGCUCGAAAUGUGCAGGGCCAAACUGAUGAUAUGAAACACCUUGCAACAAAAGCCACCAACAUUCGUUCAUUGCUGAGAGGCUUAGACGGGUUGAUCGAUGAAACGAGGAGUGAUUCACCAGAAGUUGCCGCAGAUCUCGAGUCAAAGGCACUUGGUCUACAAGUAUACCUGGAUAGACUGAAAAGGCCGAUUGACCAGUUCAAUGAAGCUCAAGUUGCGACAACGAGUGUGCGUUCACGAGCUCGAUCGACGUUGAACAAGGCGAUGUAUCAUUUCAAAAAGGAAGAGCUCUUUGAAGUUCGAGAUUGUCUGCAUAGUAUGGAACUAGAUCUAACCACAGCACUGAAUGUGCCUGGAUUACCGGAUCUAACGGCCCGCGAGCUUUCGGAAGAAGUCGAUAAUUGGAUUCCCUUACUCCAGCGUGCUGCUGAAGAAGGGAAGAUGAGGCUUUCUGAUGAAAUAUUCCUCUAUGAAUCCUCCCUUUCUGCGAUGGACUUCACUUUUUACUUUCUUGUUCCGUUCAAUCUAGAUACAUUUCCGGGAAUUCGCAAAUUCGUCACGUAUAUGCUGGAUCACAAUGUCACUACGAAUUAUCGGAAUGCAUCCUCACCUUUACGCAUGCUAUGCCAUGCAUAUAUUUGGACCGAACAAGAACUUGAUCUGGCCUCUUAUAUCAUCGAAAAAUGCGGACCGAUAAACUGGGCCCCGCGGUCAUGGAUCGAAAAGAUAAACAUGCAAUGUCUUCUGCGCAGGCAUGACGAUUCUAUCGAUCUGCCCUCUGAAUUCUUAGCAGUUCUUCGAGAAUCAGAGACAGAUUUACAAGGCCUUCUCGAGUCAAAACUGGCGCCUUCCAAAGAUAGCCUGAAUGGGAUUACGUUGAUUCAGGUGGCAAUGGGAUGGCCAGUCGGUGUCAAAUUACUGAUGAAAGCGCAACCAGGAAUCCGAAUACCCGAAUCAUACCAUGCAGGCUCCGGUAUCAACGACGAAGAAACCAAGAUUGAUGAAUAUGUCGAAUGUUCUAAUAUCUUACUCGGGACCGGAUACCGAAUUUCAAACUUUGACAUUGUCUAUAACUCCUCUAACAUGGUACGAUCUAUAUUUAUCCAAGAGCUAGCAAAAAGGCGUAGGAAGCUUCUGGAUAUUGCGGAAGCACACAUCCAUCCUGGUGAAUUAUGUGAUCUCAGGAAAGGAGAGACCGGGCUCCCUGAUGCAUAUGCCACUGCACUAUGGGCUGCAUUGAUAUCUAAGGGACAUGAAAUGGAUCAAUCAUUGCGGCCUUUUGAGGAGAGGUCUCUCUUCUGCGGGUACGACAUUUCCCCUGUCAGUCUGGAUAAAAUAUAUGAGGCUGGAUUUAUAGACUUUGAUCUACCGCUCGAAGGAGAGUAUACGCCAUUAAUGGGCCACUGCGCAUACAUAUAUGGCUAUACGGACCUUGAGAGGAUUGCAUGGAUGAUUUCAAAAGGAGCAAGCAUUUUUCGGACUCUGCCCGGGUCAAAUUCUACAACUUUACACUUGCUCAAUACUAUGCGGGAUGUGAUCUUUGGUUUGCAUCUGGGUAGGGAACGAAACAUUAGCCAGGCUGCAUCCUCCUUUCGGUGGUUUCUUGAGAUCAUGAUUGAUCACAACCAGUCCAAGCUCGAGGUAUGCCACGCAAUUAUCAGAAAUCUCACGUUUGAUGGGCUAAGUCUGAGUCACACAUGUUGCACCGAGAUCCGGUGGUUCCCUCCUUGGAAGCAUGUCCGUGACGAAUCCGACCUUCAGGAAAUCAGAGAAGAGCAGACAGUCCCUCUUGAGAGGUUUGAAAAGCUUGUAUCUGAAUUUGACGCUCAGUUUGAUGCCCUUGGGCUUCCGUUGAUGGAUUUCCUGCAGGAGAUUUGGUAUGAGCGAAUGAUUAAAUUCCUUUCAGAACGCGACAAAUAUGACCUCGAGCACAACGAAGAGACCCGAAAACUCGGGAUCUCUUUGGAGGUGGAUGAGAUUGAAAUACCUCUUGUUGUUCAAUACAUUUGUGACCAGGUCAGGGUUGUUGAGAGUGACUGUGAGGAUUCGUGA